AUGAAGGCCGCAUUUUUCACAUUAGCAGUUGCAUUCUUUAGCGCCGCCGCUGCCCAACAAAAGUUCAGAUGUCGCUGCGCAGACGCGGGUGGCAACAACAUUGCCGGCGUCGGCAGCCUCUGCACAUCAAAGGGCGGAAAGCUCGAGCCGAGUCGCGACGAUCUUUGCAUUCAAGUUCCCUCAAGAUUCACCAACGAGGAAUGUGCAAAGGUGCAACAGGGAGCCACCGGUGACUGCAUCGUCGACGAUGUCGGAGGGGGAAGCACCGUUGUUACGACUGUUGCUGCGGCAUCAGCUACUCCCAAGCCCAAGCUCGUUCGGGGGGCACCAUGGGAGGCCUAG